UCUGGCAGGAAAGUGACAUCAAUGCAUACCCUAUAUAAUGCGGUCCAUGGAUUCUUGUUCGUGGAAUGCACCACUUCCCGUAUUUUGACAGUUAAUCAACACAGGCAAAUUGCAAUCAAGGAUGUUUUAAAAAUCAAGUACUCAGAUUUAAUCAAGGAAUCAUGAUAGCCCUACUUAUCUUUUCAGUCAUGGCAUCCUCCCGUGGUCCAGCACUAAAUGAGGAGCUCCAGUGCUCCAUCUGUCUGGAAGUGUUCACUGAUCCAGUCACCACUCCAUGUGGACACAACUUCUGCAGAACCUGCCUGAGCAAGUGCUGGACAAACACUUGGUCCUGCUUCUGUCCGCUUUGUAAAGAAAAAUUCAGCAGAAGACCUGAUCUCAAGAUUAAUACAACACUCAGGGAGGUUGUGCAACACUUUCAGAAGAAACUCAAUCUAGGAGAAUCCAAAGGGUUCUGUGACUUCUGUGAUGAAAGAAAGCAGAAAGCUGUGAAGUCCUGCCUGACGUGUCAAAGCUCUUACUGUGACUCUCAUCUGGAGCCUCAUCUCAGAGUCCCACGUCUAAUGAAACACACACUGAUCAACGCUGUGGAAAAUCUGGAGGAUUAUAUAUGCCAGAAACACGAGAGACCUCUGGAGAUGUUCUGCAGAGAUGAUCAGACGUGUAUUUGUCUGUCCUGCUCUGAAGGAGAACACAGGACUCACAACACUGUUCCUAUAGAGGAGGAGAGUCGAGAGAAGAUGGAUCAGCUGGUUCAGACACAGACAGAUGUUCAUCAGAUGAUCCAGGACAGAAUGAAGAAGAUUCAAGAGAUCAAACACUCACUAGAACUAAGAAAAAAGAACAUGGAGAAAGAGAAAUCAUCCAGUGUUGAGAUCUUUACUGAUCUGAUCUGCUGCUUUGAGAGAUGUCAGUCUGAGCUGCUGAAGAUGAUGGAGGACCAGCAGAAAGAAGCAGAGAAACAGGCUGAAGAUCUCAUUAAAGAGCUGCAGCAGGAAAUCACUGAGCUGAAGAAGAAAAACACUGAACUGGAGCAGCUCUCACACACUGAUAAUCAUAUCCACCUCAUACAGAUGUACUCACCCCUGUACAGCCGUCGAAAUGCCAAGAACUGGACUAAGAUCCGGAUUGACUCUGAAGUGAAUGUGAACCCUCUAUAUAAAGCUUUGGCUCAACUGAAGAAAACUCAUAAGACACUAAAUCAAAAACUCAGUCAAACUGGGUUGAAGUGUGUACAGAAGUAUGCAGUGGAUGUGACUCUGGAUCCUGAUACAGCAAAUCCAUAUCUUAUCCUAUCUGAUGAUGGAAAAGAAGUCAGUCAUGGAGACAUUGAGCAGGACAUCCCAGAAAACCCAAAGAGAUUUGAUGUCUGUUUUUGUGUUCUGGCAAAGGAGGGAUUUAGUUCAGGGAGAUUUUACUAUGAGGUGCAGGUGAAGGGAAAGACUGAGUGGGAUUUAGGAGUGGCCAGAGAAUCCAUUAACAGGAAGGAGAUAAACCAACUGACUCCAGCGAAUGGAUUCUGGACAGUGGCUCUGAUUAACGAGAAUGAAUAUUUAGUUUGUGACGAUCCAGUGGUCUCUUUCCCUCACAGAAAGACACCUGAGAAGGUGGGAGUGUUUGUGGAUUAUGAGGAGGGUCUGGUCUCUUUUUAUGACGUGGGCACCGGCUCUCAUAUCUACUCUUUCACUGAUCAGACUUUCACUGAGAAACUCUAUCCAUAUUUAAGCCCAUGCCUUAAUAAUGAAGGUAAAAACUCAAAGCCACUGAUCAUCACACCUAUCAGAUAAAAUGAACAAAUAAAUUCCCCAGAUGUUAAACAUUAUACCUGGAAAAUGUAUCUAUGCAUGUGCUGCUAAGGAUUAAAAUAUGUACAAAGCCAAAAUGAAUCUGCACACCAAAUCAAAAAAUUAGAUUGAUAAUUCAAACUGACGAGGCUACAAAUGUAAGACCCAUGAUCAAGUAGAUUUUACUGAACAAAUCAAAUCCUGCAACCUUCAGGACCAACUCUACUCCAGCACAACUGGCUGUUUUCAAGUAAAGCCACAGUCACACUAGACUUUGAGCAUGCAAAAUUUCUAUGGACACUGCAAUGAUCGUAGUAUGACUUAACACUCUGUGGCAUCUUUUUUAAAAGCAUAAUUCA